AUGUUCUCUCCUUAUCUUUUCCAGUGUAUCGAUUUUCAAGGAUUUGCGGCAGACAAAUUAAAGCUGCUAUUUCAAGGAAUCAUCAAAAGACAUUCAGAGCAUUUCAGAGAAAUCCGGUCAAGAUUCUCAUAUCCUAAUGAGCCAGAUAAAAUCCGGUCAAGAUUCUCACAUUGUAAUGAGCCAGAUGGGAAUCCCAAGUCGCGAACCGACCUUUUAAUCGAAAUCUUGGAAACUUCUCCUCAUCUUACCAAUAUCGACAUCGAUCUUGAUCCAGAGCCUCACCUACAUGCUACAAGUCGGGAUGUGUUCUACUUCCUAAACUGGCAAAGCUCUACAACGGCGAAUAAGAUUUCAAUGUCAUCUAUUAAAUCUAUCUCUCAACUUAAAUCCCUUACUCACCUUUCAAUAUCAUCUCCUUCUCCACGACCACCUUACGCAGAGGACUUCUUAGCAGAGAUUCUCUCUGACCUGUCUCAACUCCAGAGUUUUGCUUGUUCGAGUAUCGAUGCCACUCAUCCGAAGCCUUUGGAUAACCAACAAACUUGCCGAUCUCCACUUGGAAUUCAUCUCGCGUUGCUUACUGAUCUUGUUGAAUUGGAGUUGAAAGACGCAAAAUGCUUUGAUGCCAGCUGGAUUCAACUUGAUUGGAAAAGCUCGUUGAAGGCAUUAUCAUUGGAAGGCUGUGAUCGAGUCUCAUUAUCAGGCUUAAAUGGCUUUCUUGAACUUUUCAAAGCAACCUUGAAGACACUUACAUUUGUUGAGGCUUUGGGUUAUGAGCAAGAUACUUGGAAUCGAAAUCAUAAUGAUCGACUUUGGCCUAACCUGAAAAAGUUGGAGAUCAAUAGUCAUAGUUUUUCCUUUCGUAGAGCGGUUGAAGGUAUAACUGACUUGUGUCAAGGAUAUUCAAUUGAGAUAGUUUUUAAUGUGGAUUUUUAUAAUGAUGAGGAUGAGAUACCGCUUGACACUGGUAUUGUUAGCACAUACGAAGUAGAGCCUGAGGGAUAUAUGUACGGGACCGGGUCGCAUGGUGGAGAUUGGGGUUCAUGUCGAGGUGCUUGUGAGCAGUAG